AUGCCUACAUUGUCGGACUCCGAAUCCCAAUUUGACAUUCAUUCUACGGUGGCUAAGACACAAAAUACUAUGACUAAUGCUCUAAAUUCCUCAUUACAACAAUUUAGCAGCAUUUAUAAAACCAGCUCCAUCACCACCCCACCUUUAAUAUCCCAAGACAUUGAACCCAAGCUGGAAGCCAUAGCUGGUGACGAUGAAGAUUGGUGGACCCCAAGUAAUAACAAACGCCUUCCAGAAUCCAGGUCUCCCAGUUCUGCUAAUAAAAUGGAGAGAAAUUCGAAUAGUCCCAAAACGACUGAAUCCGCCAACCGAUUUGCUGAGCUUUCGGACAUGGACACAACCGAAGAAAAUAUAAAAUCCUACCAAACAACCAGACAGUUGAGGAACAACCCUGAUCAGGCCAGUACCAGCACCGCCUUAGGUCAUGGUAGCUGCAGCAACAACAACAACGUCGAACGCUGCAUCAGUCAAUACAACAAUGUAGUCAACAACAAUAUUAGCAAUACUACAAACAAUAAUAUCUACAACCAUAGCAAAGACAACAUUACCAAACACCCACCCAAUCACAAGCCACCGCCAAUUGUUAUUAAUAACUGCGAGAAUCUGAACGGGCUUAUCCGAUUCACAGAUAAAAUCGUUCAUCCGUCUAAAUACUCCAUAAAAUGCCUUUCCAACAAUUCCGUUUCAAUCCUUACUGCAGAUUCAGACACCGUAUAG